UUUGUUUUGUUGUAUGUUUUUGAUUUGAAACUGUUUUCGUAAAUUAUCACUUAAACGCAGUUAAAAUCAUGAUUAUGUUUAUUAAAAUAGUUUUAUAAUUAUAUAAACUUUAUGUUUAUCUAUUCAGCAACUAUGAAAUAACUGUUUUUUGUGCAAAAUUAAUAUAACAUUCAGCAACUUUCUAUUUUGUGAAGACUCGUGAAAAAUCCUCUGAAAUGGAAAACAAGCACACUGUUGUUGAUAAAUUGCUGUGCAUGGCGUGUUUGUGUGUGGGCAGGACCCUGCAGAAAGUUACGGACGAGAGAAUGAAGCGGUUUUACUUGGACACCUUGAAUGAAAUUCCUCUAUGUGAUUUGCCCCAAGCGUGUCCAAACAUAUGUUGGGAGUGUGAAGCUCUGCUGCGGAAAGUGGUUGCUUUCAAGGAACAAGUGAUGGACUCGUACAGGAUUCUCCAAACUUAUACUAAUGAGAACCUGUACGAAUGCCUGCUAACAGACAUAAGCCGGCCGCCGCGGCUGCUAGUCAAAGUCAACAGCCCUGUCAAUGUUGCCCCGGACUCGGAGGUGAAACCGAACAUACAGAAGGACAUGCAGCUGACUGUAUAUGUUAAAGACGAGGUGAAAAUCGACUGGGAUGAUGACAGAGAUGACCUAGACAUAACACCAGCUGAACUAGAGGACCCAGUGGUGGACGAACCAACAGACAUUAAGAUAGUGAAAGUUGAGACUGACAAGAAACGGAAAAAGAAAGUGAAGAAGAUUAGUUUGAAAAAUAAAACUAAGAGACAUAAACAAAAAUCCGACGGCAAAAUAAUAACCAUAGAGCUAUCCUACGAAGAAAUGUUAGCGGAGCGCGAGAAAGAGACAACAAGAGACAGCUAUCUGAAGGCGCAGUACAAAUGUACUACAUGUAUCAUAGGAUUUAACUAUAUCAAGUCAUAUGAGGCACAUAUGACUAAUAAGCAUUCCACUUGUUUGGGUGAAUACAGCUGUCCUAUAUGUAAAACGGUCAUCUCGUCUGUAGACUCGUUUACCGCGCACUACAAGAGACACAUGCGGAGGUACGAAUGCAGUAUAUGCAAUAAGCGCACAUUGGACAUGAAGGUUAUGCAACAGCACUAUUACUCCACACAUGAAAUAUCUCUCAAGCAGUAUAAAUGCAAUAUAUGCGGCAAAAUAUCUAAUUCCAUAGACUCGCACCGGUACCACAAGGACACCCACAAGGCGCGGGUGCAGUGUCCCGAGUGCGACAAGAACUUCAGCCACAGAGCCGGCCUCAUGAACCACAGGCUUGCAGUGCACGAGCUACAGAACGCGUUCCCUUGCACCGUGUGUGAAAAAGUGUUCAGAUGGAAGGCCAGCCUGAAGCGGCAUAUGGAGAAACAUCACGUUAAGGACAAGAUGGCGUCUGCGGCGUACUGCGCCGCGUGCGGUAUCAGCUUCUCGUCCGUGUGCUCGUACCAGCGGCACAUGAAAAACAGCCUCAAACACGUCACACAGGAACAACUCAGAUUUAUUUGCGACCACUGCAGCAAGCGUUUCGCGGACAAGACGAAGCUUCGGGACCAUAUAGAAGAAAAACAUUUACACAGGACCUACCAGUGUCACAUAUGCCAUAAGCCUAGUAAAAACCGUGUGGGGCUCGACCAACACAUUCGAAACGUGCACCGCGGCAGACCCAACAACAAGAUGUGCCACCACUGCGGUAAAGGAUUCCCGACCAAGGUCCAACUGGAAUCUCACAUAAGAACACACACGGGCGAGCGGCCGUUCAUCUGCGAGUUCUGCCCGACUACCUUCUCGCAACAAUCCAACCUCUACAAGCACAACAGACAGGUACAUCUCAACAUCAAAUCCAAACGCUAUCCGCUCUGCAAAAAACCGAAACAGGAAGAAAUGAAACCUCAACCCGUGGAGGAGUACCGCCCCGUCGCCGUGCUGCAUUUCGAGCCAGAGCGAGGGUUUCUAUGAUCUGUCA